UAAAACUAUACUUAUUGUAUUUUCUAUCUCUCCCUCUAUCCAUCUCUACGGCACAAAGCAUAAGACUUAAAGCUAAUCCCACCGAUCUCGGCAUCUCUCAAUCUAUGAUGUUCAAUAUUGUAGAAGAAACUCUUAUAAACACUCCAAUACGUUCAGCUAUAUGUGCUUUUUACUUAUUCGAAUGAUGCAUGUACUUUGACGUGUAAAGAAAUUUAGGAAUCUUCAUUACGACAGAGUAAUGGUUCUUUCGUGGUUAAGUUUAUGGAGUUCUAUAUUUUUCAUCUAAGGAGGUGACAAACACAUCGAGACUAAAGCUUCUUCAUCUUUUUUUUUUUUUUUUGGCAAACAAAGCUAUAGUUUUUUUCUUUUCUUAUUGGUUCUAUGAUCCACUCAUCAUGCUAUUUAUAUUUCUUUUAAGAUAAUCAAAUAAAUUAAGCUAUUCAUUUUUGUGUAGGCAGCAAAAUGAUUUUGUGGUAUUGGUAUAGCUUUGUUGCAUUCGUCUUCCUUUCAUCCAUAUUAAUUGUAAAGAACAAGAGAACGAACAAGAAGAAUCUACCUCCUGGACCACGAAGGCUUCCUAUAAUUGGCAACUUGCACCAAUUGGGAUCAAAACCUCAUCGUUCCAUGUUCAAAUUAUCCGAAAAAUAUGGACCUCUAAUGUCUCUAAAGUUUGGAAGCGUGUCUACUGUUGUGGCAUCUACACCAGAGACAGUAAAGGAAGUCUUAAAAACACGUGACGUAGAAUGUUGUUCGCGACCUUAUAUGACUUAUCCUGCAAGACUUACAUACAAUUUAAAAGAUCUUGGCUUUUCUCCAUAUAGUAAAUACUGGAGGGAAGUAAGAAAGAUGACGGUUGUUGAACUCUAUACAGCAAAAAGGGUAAAAUCGUUUCAACAUAUAAGAGAAGAAGAAGUUGCUUCCUUCGUUGAUUUCAUCAAACAAUCUGCUUCAUUGGAGAAAUCGGUUAACUUGAACAAGAAGUUUAUGAAACUAUCAGGAAGUAUUAUUUGUAGAAUUGGAUUUGGUUUCAUUCUUAAAGGAAGCAAAUUUGAAAUUACGUAUGAGGAAGUCAUUCAAGGAACCAUGGAGGUGGUGGGGAGUUUCGCAGCAGCAUAUUACUUUCUGAUUAUUGGUAGAAUCAUCGAUAGAAUCACAGGGUUACAUAGCAGAUGUGAGAAGAUUUUUAAGGCAAUGGACACAUUUUUUGAGCAAUCUAUAAAGCGUCACCUAGAAGAUGAGAGUAUUAAGAAUGAUAUCAUUGACUUGCUCCUUAAGAUGGAAAGAGGAGAGAUUGGACUUGGGGAGAUUCAACUUACAAGAAGCCACACUAAAGCAAUUCUUCUGAACAUUCUCAACGCUGGAAUAGACUCUUCUGCACAAACUAUGACAUGGGUAAUGACACAUUUAAUUGCAAACCCAAGAGUUUUGAAGAAAGCGCAAGCCGAGGUGAGAGAAGUGAUUAAAAACAAAGACGAUAUUGUAGAAGAAGAUAUAGAACGACUCGAGUAUCUAAAAAUGGUGAUUAAAGAAACGUUUAGGCUAACACCGCUUGUGCCACUUCUAAUUCCAAGAGAGGCUUCAAAAGAUUUAAAGAUCGGAGGUUAUGACAUUCCAAAAAAAACAUGGAUCCAUGUCAACAUAUGGGCUGUUCAUAGGAAUCCAAACGUUUGGAAAGAUCCAGAAGCUUUCAUCCCGGAGAGGUUUAUGGACAGCUCGAUUGACUAUAGAGGUUUGAACUUCGAGUUGUUGCCGUUUGGUAGCGGAAGGAGAAUGUGCCCUGGCAUUGGCAUGGGUAUGGCUUUGGUACACUUGACUCUUAUCAAUCUUCUUUACCGAUUUGAUUGGAAGCUCCAUGAAGGAAUGGAGGCAGAAGAUGUUGAUCUUGAAGAAUCAUAUGGACUUGUUUGUCCUAAGAAAGUUCCACUUGAGCUUAUCCCUGUUCUUACCCAAUGGACUUAAUCAUUUUAAUCUUUUCAUAGUAAAAAACUAUUGGAUUAAGAAAAUUGUUUGAUUUU